CGAAAGUUUUUCAGAAGGAUAAUCUAGGAGAAAAUAGUGAUUGUGAAUUUUUUAAUGGGACAUUGUUCCCAUCGUUCCUGAAGAAGAAGAAUUUUGCUGGAGGAUAUUAUGAUCUAACCUUUAAUUCUUCCGAAGUUAUCAUUUACAUGGGUGAUAACAACGUGGACUGGAUAAACUUCAUUCCUCAAGGAAAAAAAUUCAGUGAUGUUGAAUCUAUAACGUUACAAGCAGGGGGUAAAAUUUUUCAAUAUACAGAAACUCGUAUUUAAGUCAUAAAUGGAACCAUAUAUCGAAAUUUCCAGAUGUCCUUUAAGGGUGAUCUUCUCCCUACCACUGACGAUACUGUUGGACUCUUAAUCAACGCACCAGAACGUGUCACGACGAUGAUUUUAAGGCCAUCCCUUACACUAGUUGAAAUUUUUAGUAACAUCGGUGGUUACCUUAGCCUCUGGGGAAUUGUUGUCUUUCUUUUCGGUCGUGAUAAGAUGGACCCAUUCGGAUUUGUCUCACGCUUUGUAUUCAUAGAACAGGAUAAAACGAAACUUCUUAAGGAAUUGAAGAAAAUGAAAGAUGAUAGAAGUGUAAAACAAAGUAAGAUUGAUAUUAUCACCGAAACAAGUAAUCUCGACGAUCAAAUUGAAUUAGAAAACCUGCUUGCGAAGUAUUAUGUUCACAUGGAUUUCUAUAAACAUGCUGUCAAGACAUCCGACGUAUAA